AUGAAUUUUGACCAGAAGGCAGUGAAAUUCCUGGCAAAUUUUCACAUCAAUGGAGGCGAACACUGGACCCAUGGCCCCCUGAAGCAGAAGCCACUUGUGACUUCCCAAGCUUGCUUCCCGCCAGGGCUGGAGCGACGCCCUCCCGGCGUGACCGAUCUGGGCGUCCCGGGCCCCACCAGGUACCGGGUGCCAGAUGCUUCGGCGUGAGAGUCCUCCCCACUGCCCCACUCUUCACCAUCGGCUCGCAUGCACCCCACCCGUGAGGGUGGUGGCUGCAGGGCGUGGCAGACCGUGUGGUUCCCGAGCGAAAGCCCCGUCACCCAGAACGACUUCAACCGGGAGCAGUGGCCCUCACCCGCCGACUACCAGCCGCCCGGCCCGCCCGCCUGCCCGGCCUUCAGCUUCGGGGGUCGCCUUGCUCCAGGCCCCCCCGAGGCCCAAGCCCACUUGGGGAUGCUGCAGGCCUGGGGUGCAGGGCCGCGGGCCCAGCCCCUCCUGCAGGCCCCUCUGUCGACGGGGUUAGCUCUCGCCUACGACAUCCCUCCCGGGUGCCGCCUGCCGGGCCCCCGCCCGCCUGCUUUCUGCGUGAGCCGCGCGCCCCUGCUGGUCUCCUGGGUGGGCUCCUCCUGUACCCUGGGCCCGGCUGCCUAUGGCGUGGAGGACUACUACAACUCUCACCUCCCCUCCGCAACGGGGGUGGCCAUCCAAGGCUUGCGGAGGCCCAAGUGCCACGACACCGGCCCCUUCUGCGCGCUCUCGAGUCCACUCAACCCCUUCAAACAGUCACCACCCAAGAGCUGCUCCCGUGGUGUUGGCGUCAUCCCUUUCCGCAGGGAAGCCGAGGACAAGUGA